UAUUGAUAUUACCCUCUUGCGAGAUAUAAAACUGAAGAUAUGGCAAGUCUUAAUCAGACAUAACAAUUGAAAGGUGAAAAGAUGAAGUUUCAAGUAACUUGUGUUUUAAUUUGUGUGUGCUUGAUAGCUAUUCUUGUAAAUCAAGGCGUAUCAGCUACAGUAGCUCCCCCGUCUUCUGGAGGUGGUUCAGGUUCAGGAACUGGUACAGGUUCUGGUGGUAGCUCUGGCUCAGGAACUGGUUCGGGUUCUGGUGGUAGCUCUGGUUCGGGAACUGGUUCGGGUUCUGGCGGCAGCCCUGGUUCAGGAACUGGUACAGGUUCCGGUGGAAGCCCUGGUUCAGGAACUGGUACAGGUUCUGGUGGAAGCUCUGGUUCAGGAACUGGCUCGGGUUCUGGCGGUAGCGCUGGUUCAGGAACUGGUACGGGUAGUGGAUCAGGUACUGGUGGUGGUGGUGGUGGUGGAGGAGGGUCUUCAGCUGUUCGUGUCAGCGGUGUCAUGGUUGCAUUGGCAGGAGUUCUUGCAUUCAUUUAUAACAUCAAGACAUCCUUCUAAAGGAUCCAAAUGCUUUGUCAUACAUUUCAGAACUUGAUACUUGUUUGUGAGUUAUAAUGUCACUUCCUUCUGGGAUAUAUGAUGACGAAAUGUGAUCAUUUUCUAAUUACUUACAAUCACACGUACUUGUAAUGCUUAGAUUACUCUUCAUGUUACCAAGCUAUAUCAUUAUUUUAUGACGGUAUAUGAUGACGAAAGCAACAAUCAAGCGGUUGACUUUCUGAUAACCUCAAUACAACGUUUUAACAUUAAAGAUAAAUAAAAUUGUG